AACAGAAGAGUUCUAAGCAGAGUUCAAAGGGUAUAGCUGACCCUUAGUCUCUGCCUUUGCCACUGUACCUUCUGGUACAACAUGGCACUGAUGAAUUUCUUAACCAUUGGUUUGAGAGAGCUGACUGUGAAGGCUGUGGGAAGUUUCAUAGCGAUUGGCUGAGAGUGCUGGCUGAAGGCAGAAGGAGUCUUUAGAAAAAGCCUAAUCUGAUCACAGCAUCUCUAGAAGACUGACUUUUAGUUAGCACUGAAGCUAUCCCCAUAGCUGAGGCAUCAGACGUGAGCACACAGAGCCCAUGCCCCACCCCAACCCCACCAAACUGUGGAAGCGGUUGGGUAGCUGAUUGACAGAUCAGCUGGAAUAAAGAUAUUUCAUAUCUGUUGGAGUAACAGUGGAAGAAGCCCAACCAGGAGUGGCUGAGAUACAGCACGUGGUAGAAGAAUAGCUGAGACUCAGUGUCUGGCAGGGGACAGCUGAGAUACAACAGACAGCGAUAUUGGCAUAGUGGCGACAUAGUGGCAUCAAUCACAGAUAGCAGCAGCUGAUGAAAACUUUUAACUGCAGCAUCAGAGACGUCAAACCUUUCAAUAACUACUGAGUUGUUAUACAGUAAGUUGAGGUGCCACUGACAAAUAGUUUAUUCCUAUAGUGAUUGAGUUGUGUCUUAAAAAGGAGGGAAAAAGUUAUGGAUGACAAAACUUUAGAAAAGUGGUGUAUAGCUAUGCACCUGGAUUUACACAGAGGAUUACUUGUUAAAGGAGUACCUCAUGACCUAACAGAUAAGGACAUUGAAAAUGUCUUAUAUAAUGCAAUAAGUAUUUUGGGAAAAUGUCAAGUACUGACCAAACGACAUGAAGGGACAGACCUCACCUUAUCUGUUUUCUGUAAGUUGUCUGAACCCAUAGGCUAUUCUAAAAUCCCUAGUGCAAUUACUGUAGGAGAGAAUACCUGGAAACUAGUCAUUAGACCCCCUGCUGAGGAAGAAGAGAUAGAAAGGAAGGUCAAGACUGUCCUGCAAAGGGAAGGACUGUCUGAAGAUGAUGUGAGACAUGUAGGAGGGGAGUCCAGACCCAGAGAGAGUGAGCAAGAUGAGUCCGAGCUCAAGCAAGAAUCUCAAUUUGACAAAUUAGGAAGCUUCUCUGGGGAAAAUCCAUGUCCUCCUGAAGAGGAACUGUAUGACUCUUGGAUAAAACAUGCCACUGAAAUAUUGAAGCAAUGGAAAGUGAAUGAUAUGGAAAAACAGAAAAGACUAAUGGAAAGUCUCAAGGGACGAGCAUUUGAUCUUAUACGUAUUUUGAAAUUACAGACCCCUGAUGCUACUGUGUUAGAAUGUCUGCAAAAGCUAGAUAAACAAUACGGUGGUGCAGAAACUCCACAGCAAACCUAUGUCCAGCUUCUUACCACCUUUCAGCAUGAGGGAGAGAAACCCUCUGAGUUUGUCAUGAGAGUGGACAAACUGCUGCAGAAUUUAGUUGCCAAAGGAGCGGUAAGGCCCAGUGAAGUGAAUACUGUUAGACUGGCCCAAGUAAGUUCUGGACUGUUAGAUAAUAAAGACCUACAAGCACAAAUAGUUAAAUUGGAAAAAGAGAAACAGCGGAUUGGAUAUGAAGAGCUAAUGGCUAUAGUGAAAUUGUAUGAGAACAGACUUGAUUGUGGAGACAGAACUCCGCAACACAGAAGAAUGCUUUCCAAAACAUCCUCUCAGAUAUCGCCUCUGGAAACGAGAAUGGAACCGAACCAUAGUCACCCAGGCACAAAGGCCGAAACUCAUAAGAUGCCCAUUGAGAAGUGGAAUACUGCUCGGUACCACCUCUCCCAGAAAAAAGACAAAAGAUUGUGCGGGCAGAGAUCAAACAGGCCUGAAGCUAGAACAUGGCCAGUAGAGCAAAGACAGAGGGGCCCAGGGAUAUUCUGCUGCAACUGUGGCCUAGAUGGACACACAAAUACAGGAUGUACCCAAAGAGCAAAUAUAGAAUUGGUUAAACAGAAGCUGAUGUCCACCAGACUGCCUUCUGUACAUAAAGAUGAUGGAUCUGGAGAUAGAAGUGACCCUAGAUCCCGAAGACCUUAAGGCAGAACUCAUUGCCUGCCAUGCCUGGGAAUCUUCCACAAAAGAGUGUGCCAUCAGGAGAGAUGAACUUUGUUGUAAUCUGCCUUGCUUUGGUGGUCCCAGCAUGACAAGCAACAGAAACAAAUACGUGAAGAAUUUGGAGAGUCUCAAGGACUCAAAUUUUGUCCCCAGGAGGGUCACCUUGCUGUUGAGAGAAUGAAAGAAGUUGUCACGGUGCAGUGUAAUAUCGUACCAUUAGUACAGCUGUAUAAUACACUGGAUCCCAUAUAAGAAGUAGUGGGUGCUGCCCAUGACAUUCACCCAGUGAACAAGUUUAGUUAGCUACCAGAGAAAAUGGAAGAAAGCGGAUAUUUAUGUCAUCAGAGGAUAACAUUAAUACAUCAUAUACCCCUUCUCUGAGUGUCUAUAACAUGUUACAUAUGCAAAUGUAAUCUAGAUAGUAUAUUCCAUAUUGUUAAUGUUUUGUUAUAUUGUUAUGCUUCAUUGACAUAUAACAUACACAUUUUAUACUGCUAAUUGCAGUGUUACAGUUACAUUAUUGUGUUAUAUAUGCUGUGUUAUAUAUUACAAGGAAUUAAUAUUUUGUUUUAAAUGUAUACACUGGUAUGUAUUU